CCUGGGUUUUAUUUUAUUUUAUUGUGUGAAGUUUCCCGAAGUGCGCUGGAUCAUUCUACACUGCUACCUUUGGAGAUGUUUCCGUGAAAAUGAGCAAGAACUUCCGCACUACGCAGUGAAUAUGGAGUGAAUUCGGUCAUUUGAGACAGAGCGCCGAUGGCGGUCAGGUUUGAGAGCGCGAGCUCACGUUUUCCGCCCAACGUAACUGUUUACAAACAGUUUUACAGGAAGUGAGACAUGCAAAAACAAACAAACCGGAAGUGCAGUGGAUCUUAUGCUGACGGCGACACGCAGCGUUGCGCCUGCAGGGCGACUUUAACAGCUGAACGCUGAGGAGGAGGAUUUACUGCUGACGGGUUUCUAUUUGAAUCAUAAUAAUAUUAAUAUUUAUUUAAAUCAGACUGAUACAGACGCAGAGUUUACACGGAUUGACGACUCGCAGAGUCUUCGCUCCACAUUCAGGUUCACGCCGAAGAACAGAACAAUGACCGACGUCGUCGGUGCAUGAGCUGUCGUGCGAGAUUUUAAAGACGUGGUGUGAAGAAGACGACGUCGGUGCGAGUGAGGGGCGGAGCAGCAGGUCGACGAGUAGAUGAUCAGGUUAAUAAGAUCUCGGAUCUCACCGCGUGACCGGACGGAGGACGGAGAGAUGUCGAGGUGACGCUGAUUCUUUCUCCUGAUAAAGUGUAGUUGAAUGAGUCGAGACUCAGGACGGUCCACACUGCCACGCCCGUCACACAGCAGCUUCCCCUUACUCCCACUGCCUUUCGAACCGCCCCAUUAGCUGCGAGAUCAUGGCGGAACCCUUGUCGGACCCCACCGGCGUCCCGCAUGAAGAGAAACGGACGAGCGAAAACGACAAAGCAAGCAGCAGAAGAGGCGACGACAACGACGGAAUGACGUCGACCGAGACGUCAGACGGCGGCGUGAGCAGCAGGAGCCUUUCCGAGAGAGAGGAUUCGGAGAUCACGUCGUCCGUCAGCAGCGUCGUGGACGAGACGCCGUCUGUGUCCACAGACGAACCUCCGGUGUCUGUGAGGUCGGAGCCGGAGCAAGCGCCAUCAACGAGCAGCGAUGUGACAAGUGAAGAGGCGGGGCAGGCUGUGGUGUCGACGCCCCCUUCUGUACCGCCUUCGGUACCUUCAUCUGCCCCUCCCUCAGUACAAGAGCAUUACUACGUCAAGUGGAUCACGUGGAAAGGGGAGAAGACUCCCAUCAUCACACAGAGCGAAAACGGACCCUGCCCCCUGCUGGCCAUCAUGAACAUCCUUUUCCUCAGGUGGAAGGCGAAGUUGCCCGUCCAGACCGAGGUCAUCACCAUCGAGGCGCUCAUGGCGCACCUCGGCGAGUGUGUGUUGUCCAUUAAGCCCAGAGAGAAGGCCGAGGGCAUGGAGCUCAAUUUUCAGCAGAACAUGAGCGAUGCCAUGGCCGUCCUGCCGAAGUUAUCCACGGGUCUGGACGUAAACGUGCGCUUUACGGGCGUGACGGAUUUCGAGUACACGCCCGAGUGCAUCGUGUUCGAUUUACUGGACGUUCCUCUGUAUCACGGCUGGCUGGUGGACCCACAGAGCCCAGAGACGGCGUCUGCGGUGGGGAAACUGAGCUACAACCAGCUGGUGGAGAAGAUCAUCAUCUACAAACACUCCACAGACAGCAGCCAAGUGAGCGAAGGUCUGAUAGCGGAGCAGUUUUUGGAGUCGACGGCGACCCAGCUGUCGUAUCACGGCCUGUGUGAGCUCAACACCACCGCCAAGGAGGGAGAGCUGUGUGUGUUCUUCAGGAACAACCACUUCAGCACCAUGAUCAAGCACAAGGGUCACCUGUACCUGCUGGUGACUGAUCAGGGCUUCCUGCAGGAGGACACCGUGGUGUGGGAGAGUCUCCAUAACGUGGAAGGAGACGGGAAUUUCUGCGACUCUGAGUUCCGACUGUCCCAUCCGUCCCAGAAGAUCGCGAGCAGGCCGACGGCGCAGCAGCAGCAGAUGCAGAUCGAUCAGGACUACCUGGUGGCCAUGUCUCUACAGCAGAGUCAGGGUGAAGCUCCUGGACCUUUGAGUGAUCUGGAGUUAGCGAGACAGUUACAGCAGGAAGAAUAUCAACAACCUCAACAACCUCCACACACCUCCGGUGAACAGACGAGAGGAGGACAGGUGUCUCAUCACGGAGGACGGAGACGGCAGGGUGAGAAGAAGGACGACUCGGACUGUUCCAUCCUAUAAGUCAGGAAAACACACACACACACACACACUAACGUUUAUAUGCAACAGCACCAGAAGACGCCGAUGCCACGAAUAAGUUUGAAAACGUCCACGUUAUUUUAAAUGUCCACAAGUGUAGAGGAUCAGCCAGUCUGUGUGUGUGUGUGUGUGUGUGUGUGUGUGUGUGUGUGUGUGUGUGUGAGAGAGAGAGAGAGAGAUGUUUGUUUUUUUAGCUUUGCACUGGAGCUACCAUGCUAAUGUAGCUAACGUUCUGGAAGUCUGUCUCACCUCCGUUAAAGGUCCAGUAGCCAAAAUGAAGUGUAUAUGAGCUGUAAGUGUUUCCUGAAACCACCGCAGUGACAAAAAUCUCAUUAUUUUAUAACAGGCGAUUAACCGUUGCCAUAACUGUAUAAUAUCAUGUUUAUGUUUUACGGUGAACUGCAGGAGAGAAAAGCAAAAUAAAAUGCACAGGAUUCUGAUUCAGUUCAUUUACACAUACUUUGAUUCUGAUUUGGUUCAGUUACCCAUAGUAUGAUUCUGAUUUGGUUCAGUUACACACAUACUAUGAUUCAGAUUCAGUUCAGUUACACACACUAUGAUUCUGAUUUGGUUCAGUUACACACAAGGUGAUUCUGAUUCAGUUCAGUUUCCCAUAGUAUGAUUCUGAUUUGGUUCAGUUAACCAUACUAUGAUUCAGAUUCAGUUCCUUUACACACACACAUGAUUCAGAUUUGGUUCAGUUAAAAGGAAUAUGCACCGUGAUUCAGAUUCGAUUCAGUUUGGAUUCAUUUCAGUUACUCACCCCAAGAUUCAGAUUCCUUUCAGAUUCCGUUCUGAUACACACACACACACACACACACACGGAGUGAUUCAGACUGGGUUUGAUUUAACGCUCCAUGAUUUGUGUUCAGUCUGAUCAAAUAAGACGUGUUUUGUCUUAAAGGAGCGAUAUUUUCGUCUGUUUAGAGGAUUUCAGAACGUGAUUAUAAAAUGGCCUGAAUGUUAAUCAGGACACAAGCGAGUGAACACGUGAAACGUCAGUAAAUUAAAUUUCCUCCAGUGUGAUUUAGUAGGAAUAAACGAUGCUAACGAUGCUAUCGAUGCUAAUGAAGGGCUUUCUGUCUCGCUUGGUUGUGAUUCUGAGUCUUACUCAUUUAUUUGCUUUGUAUUUAAUUUGUUAAGAAUAUAUUAUUGCAGUAGAUGAAAUGAAAACACUGUCGGAUCAGCGGCGUCUGUCACUGUGCAAAUAAAAAACUGUCUUAUUAAAGCUUUUAAUCAACAAAA